AUGGCGGAACAAAUUGCAAAAAGCGACGAAACUUUGAAAUUAUGCAGUCCCCCUAAACUUACUAGGAUGGUAAAAAUAGAGAAAAGAACGAAACCUAAUUACGAUAAAAACGUCAACAAUCCUAGUCUGCCAACUCUUGCGGGCGAAGUGGCGGUAGCCCAGAAAAAUCAGGUUUUAAGACUCGAAAAAAGGAUCGAGUAUUUACGAAUCCUGAAGGAAAUCUUGCAUUCGAGAAGAGAAGCAGAGAAGCACGUUCAGGCAGUCGUGCGUAAAUCCACUUUGCUUCAAGACGACAUUCAAUGGCACCAAAAAAGCUGGGAAGCUCUAAAGCAAGAUAUAGAAAGCUUGGUUUGCACUAACAGCAAGCUGAAGAGGAGCUUACGCGACGAAGAAACAGAAAUCGCGAGAGAAAAACGUGGCUACGAGGAAUAUCGCAAGAAAAUGUUUAAGCACCGAGAACUGAGCGCUUUGGAAGAAAAUUCGAAUGACAUCGACGUGGAUAUUGCAGAAAAGACAAAGUAUCGCGAAACGUUAGAGAAAGAAUUGAAGGAUUUGCAAGAAUCGAACGACGUUCCGCGAUUGUUGUCCGGUGAAAUGGAGGAAAUUCUGAUGGCCGAAAUAAGCACUUUGGAAGAGUCGUUACACGAGCUCCAAGAGAACUUGAAACGAAAACUCGAGGAAAAUCACGAAAAGGAGAAACAGGAUAGACUGAAACACGAGGUGGAAAACUUACAGAAGAAAAACCUUGCGCAAAUAACGUGGACGCGAAAGCAGCUCCAGGAGACGAUGGCUCGAAAUAAACAAUGGAAUGAGCAGAUAUCCCGAAAAGAAGCGGAAAUAAAAGAAAUUCGACAAAAAAUGGACAGUAUUUGA